CUGUAUAAGCUUGUGCCUGGGGUAUCCAUGGACUCGCACGGACUGAAUGUUGCAAGGAUGGCUGGCGUUCCUGAGGAUGUUGUUGCCAGAGCAGAAGCGGUCAGGAAUGCAAUAGAGAGCCGAUGGCGCAAGGAGGGAGAAGGAGAAUUAAGAAUGGAGUAA